GCAGCAUUUGCUAUUAUCACAGAACCGCCACAGUAAGGUGGUACAUACAAAAAACAAAAAACAAAAACUCAAACAUGCCUACACGCACACCCACUAGUGUCAGCCCAAUUAAAAUCAAGUGAAAGAGAUAGCGUCUUUGUGGGGAAUAGUUGCAGAAGUCGGAUAUGGGAAGGACUCCUUGUUGUGAGAAGGUGGGAAUGAAGAAGGGGAGGUGGACAGCGGAGGAGGAUGAGAUUUUGACCAAGUACAUUCAGGCCAAUGGAGAAGGUUCUUGGAGGAGGUUGCCAAAAAAUGCAGGAUUGUUAAGAUGUGGGAAGAGUUGCAGGUUAAGGUGGGUUAACUAUUUGAGAGCUGAUCUAAAGAGAGGAGACAUUUCUGUCGAGGAAGAAAAUACCAUUGUCAAGUUGCAUGCUUCUUUAGGCAACAGGUGGUCCUUGAUAGCAAGUCACUUGCCAGGAAGAACGGACAACGAGAUUAAAAAUUACUGGAACACUCACUUAAGCAGAACAAUUUACACUUUCCGAAGCAGAACUACUAACAAACCAGACAUCAUCACUCUCACUCUACCUCCCAAGAGGAAACGUGGCAGGACAAGUCGCUGGGCUAUGAAGAAGAACAAGACAUAUUGUGCUCAAAAACAAAAGCAACCGCUCUUACCAGCAGUUCCUCUUCCACCAACACCGCCACUUGAGACCGAGAAACAUUCAUCCACCCAUGAGAAUACUACUACUCAAGAAGAAGAAAACCUAGGCACUAAUGCCGUAUGGGUUGAGGGUGAGAAAGAAAUAAUGAACAAGGAGGAUGACAUAUGGGGACCCUAUGACAAGGAAGUUAUUAAUGGGGGAGAGUGGGAUCAGGUGUUGAGUUUUGAAUCUUUCAACGACAUCAUGAACAGUUACUGCCCCCAAGCAAGUGGGUGUUGGACCAUUUCUGAUGAAGGUUACAGAGAGAGCAGUGAAGUGGUUGGGAAUAAAACUUGUGACCACACCGUAACGUCGAGUGGUCGGGAGAAGCGGUGUUUUUUUUCAGCAAAGGCUUCUUCUGAUUCUGACUUAUGCCAAAGCGCGGUGCAGCUGGAUCAUAAGGAUGAGUCUGUGUCGUGGGAGCAGCAUCAGAGCCUUCUCUCUUGGCUUUGCGAAGAUGAAGACUGGGAGAAGGAUUUGCAGAGCGUUUGUGAGAUUGAUCCUCAGAAACAAAAGGACAUGGUUGAUUGGUUUCUCUCUUGAGACCUACCUCUUCCGAUGGACCUUAAGGACCAAUUGUCAUUGGAAAAUUUUCUUUUAAUAACUUUUUCUUUACAGUAAUUUGUGAUUGAUUCAUUUCAAUCGUUAUUAAA